AUGCACCUGCCUCGUCGGAGCGUCCCCGUGGAUCGUCAUCUCAAGCGUCGUCUGGCCCCAAAUGCCGUCGCCAUGGUCAGUCUUCUGCCAACCAUGUCAAAAUCCAACGCGAUCAUCGUGUUAGACAACGCCAAGUACAACCAGGGUCUACCGGACGACACCCCUUCAGGAUCGUGGAUGAAGGCACGAAUGACGCAAUCGUGCUCCGCCUACGGCAUCGAAUUGGACGUCAAAGAAUACCGAUCAACUUUGUGGGCCAAGUUAAAAGCCCACAUCGAAGCCAACAUCGUACCUGUCAUCGUGCAGAUGGCCAUGGGUUGUGGCCAUCACGUCGUUUUCACGCCACCGUAUCACAGUGACUUGCAACCUAUCGAAAUGAUUUGGUCCUACGUCAAGGGCGCUGUUGGGCGACUGUACGAUACCACGAUGUUCUCUGAUGCGUGA